AUGGCAGUGCUCCGUCCUGUAGACCUGAAGACUCAGCCAGCCCCUUAUCAGAGUCGAUAUAUGGUGCUGCAAAAAGUGCUGAAAACGCUCGAGAAGUUCCAUGCUGCAUCCCCGGAGCUUGGCAAGAAGGCUGUUGAGGUUGAAGCUUCUGUCGCCAAAAAAAGCGCAUCAAGUCAAAGUUACCGGUUCAAUGCUAGCGUUGUUCUCCGAGAUAUUUUGAAGUCAAAGGGCAAGCUGGACUGUUUAGAGCCCUCUUCCAAGAAAAAGGGUGUCAUCGCAUCUGCUGCCAAACUGACAAAAAGCCAGGCUAUGGAAACCCUUCAGGCAGUUUUAGUCGAUCAGGCCACGCUAGUGGCGAAUGGAUACAACACUGGCGCCCCAGAGAAAACAGAGCAAAUGAGCGAUACAGACGUCCAAGGCGUAUACACGACAUGUAUACGUUGUAAUACAAAAUUUCGCAAAGACCAGAUCAUGAACCCUACUACAUGUCGCUUUCAUGUCCAGCGGAAAAAGUUUAACCGUGAAACACGCCAAGGGGAAUACGCAUGCUGUGGAGAAACAACAAAUUCCAGCUCUUUUCUUGCCCUCGGCUGCAAGACUUUGUUUCAUCAUGUUUUUAGACCCGAAACCUUCUCAGAAAUGGAACGCAUAUCGCCUUUUCGCAACACUUGCAAGGUACAGGGCAAGGCUAAUGUUUUGGCCCUAGACUGUGAAAUGGCCUUUACUUCGUGUGGUUAUGAGCUGAUUCGCCUCACCAUAGUUGACUUUUUCACCAGCAAAGUCCUGUAUGAUGAAAUCGUGAGGCCAUUCGGCGAGGUAAUUGACCUCAAUUCAGAAUUCAGCGGUGUCCACGUCAUAAAAGAAGAAACUUCGGUCUCAUUUGAUGAAAUGCUUGAAAAGAUUCUUCAUGAGUCCUUGAUCAACAAGAACAGCAUCCUUAUUGGACAUGGCUUAGAAAACGAUCUGAACGUUAUGCGUUUGAUUCACGAUAAAAUUAUAGAUACGGCUAUACUUUAUCCAAGGGGGCACUACAAGUCUUCAUUGAAGGACUUAGCUUUUGAGGUUGUUAGUCGUAGAAUCCAGACUGGCGAGCACGAUAGUUCCGAAGAUGCCAUAGCAACAAUGUCAGUUCUGAAAUCCAAACUAGGCAUUCCCUUAGCACAAGAUGUGUGGGAGUGA